AUGGCGAAUGUCGUGCCGCCUGGGGUACUGGUCGCGCCUGGGGCGACACUCGCGCCUGCGGCAGAGCACCUCAUCUACCUCGGCCGCGUGCGGCCUUGCAGGGCCAUCGAGUACGAGGAUCCCGCCACGCCGCACUUGGCAAAGCUUCGCAUCGAGCUCCCGCCUCAGGACCAGUGGGCGCCGGGUUGCAAGUUCAAGUUCCACGUUCCGUGCGCCUGCAAAAAGCACACGUCCAAGUUUUUGAAGCAGCGACCGGGCCCCAUAGCGAUCGUCGUCUGGGACACGAAUGUGUGCCCUCUGCUAUGCUGUCUCGACGGUCGCUGUGCCAAAUGCUCGCUCCGACGCUGGUACCUGGCAGUGGACCUAGCGGUGGCCUACAAGCGGUGCCGCGCCCGGCUCCUCUGCUGGCUCGAGAGGGCGCAGAUCAGGAUGCAUGCCUACGGUCCGGACGGCGUCGCGAGACGGCGUGACCAAGCUGCGUUCGAGGCUGACUUUGCGGCACUGCUCCUCCACGACCCCCCUCGCCGCAUCGUCCGCCGGCCUGCGAUAGCCGCGGCUUCUCGCCCCGCGCCCCGCUCCUCCUUGCCGAACCACGCCACCGUCAAUGAGCUGGCGCGGCUGCUCGACUUGCCUCCCGGCGCGGCGGGCGAGCCGCGUUUCGUCGUCAUGCAGGCCAACGCGAUGCUCGAGAUCGACCCGUCGGGCACCCUCAAGGAGCAGGCGGAGCGGGCGUUGGCGGUGCUGGCAGCAGCUGCGAUGGCUGACUUCGACGCCGGCCUCCCCCUCGAGGACAACGCAUCCUCCUCCUCCUCCGCGGUGCACAUGAAGCUACACGCCUUCAAGCUGCUCCAAAGCUGCUGGUCAGCUGGGGUGCUGCCCGCCACAGAGGCCGCGUUGCGCUUGCGAGGCGCCGGUCUAGCAGAUGGCACUAGCCUGUACGUAAGUCUGAUGUCUGUCUCAGACUUUGACGGUUUUUGA